UGCAGAUAAUCGCGAUAUGACAACAGAGGGCGCUAUGACUUGUAAACAGUCGACGAUUUCAAUCCAACGCUCUGCUGAUCAUCGGAGAUAAAAACAUUAUUUUUAGCGAACAAUCGUUUGUAUUUGCACGAUCUAUUAUGCACUAAUACCACGCAUACUGCUGCCGAGUCAGCUUCUCAUUCUCACUCUACGUAGCAGUGUGUAGAGAUGAGAUGAUCUGAUCUGGUGAAAGUCGACAAGAAACAUCACACCAUCUGCUCUGCUGGAACUGAACACAGUCAGUAGGCCUAUAAAGUUUGAACACACACAGCAGUCGUAAAGUUUGAAUAAAGUUUCUUUCACUUUUGAAAAGGGCGUAGGCCGUAGCUCUGCUCAUAAUACAGAAUGGCAACUCGCAUGCUUCGUUCAGUUUUUGGGAGGGCUGAUACUCUGGUGGGUCGAAGUUUUAACCCUUUAGAUUACGUACAUCGAUGUGGUGCAUCGCUCCAUCUGAGGCCUGCAUUAGUGACAACGUUGAGUCGACACUUAUCAUGCAACAGAUCUGUUAGUGCCAACCAUAAUGAGUUGAGUUACUACCAUGCCGCUGUGAAAGAGCCACUUAUUGGGAAAACAAUUGGUCAAAUAAUGGAUGAAACAACAGAGAAGUAUCCAGAUAGAGAGUCACACGUCUUCUGUGCAGAUGGAAUCAGAAGGACAUUUGCACAAUUCAAACAAGAGACUGACAAAAUAGCACUUGGACUUCUAGCGCUUGGGAUCAAAGAAGGAGACAGAGUUGGUAUGUGGGGACCAUCCACAUUAGAAUGGGUUCUCACACAGUUUGCAACGUGUCGUAUUGGAGCAGUUAUGGUCAACAUUAAUCCAGUGUACAGAGUACUUGAGUUGGAGUAUGCUCUACACAAGUCUGGUUGCAAAGCAAUAGUCUGUGAUAAGAGUUUCCGAACAUUGGACUACUAUGCAAUACUACAAGAGAUUUGCCCUGAGCUAGCAACCGAUAAACCAGGUCAGCUUAAAAGUGCAAGGCUCCCAGAUCUUAAGACAGUCAUCUUCAGAGGUGAAGACAGUCUUCCCGGAACUUACAACUUCCCUGAUCUCCUGAAUAUGGGAGGCAGCACUGAAGAGAAACGUCUGGAAGAAUAUAAACAUGUGGUACAGUUUGAUGAACCCAUCAAUAUACAGUUUACAUCCGGAACUACAGGCUUUCCAAAAGGUGCAGCGUUGACACAUCACAAUAUCCUGAACAACGCCUACACUAUUGGACAUAUCAUUGGUUACCAUGAGAAGCCACAUCGCAUCUGUAUUCCAGUCCCCUUGUAUCACUGCUUUGGUAUGGUAGGAGGCACGUUAUGUGGAAUGGUUCAUGGUGCAACCUCUGUCUUUCCGGCUCCUGGGUUUGAACCUGAAGCAGCACUUCGAGCUGUAUCUGAGGAGAAAUGUACGUCGUUAUACGGAACCCCAACUAUGUUCAUUGACAUGUUGCAUCAUCCAAGAAUCUCCCAGUAUGAUUUCUCGAGUUUAUCAACGGGUAUUAUGGCAGGUUCACCAUGUCCCAUAGAGAUUAUGAAACAGAGUAUCACACAGCUCAAUAUGAAGGAUGUUUGUAUUGCGUAUGGACUGACGGAGGUAUCUCCUGUGAUCUUUCAAACACUACGAGAUGAUCCAAUAGAAAAGAGAGUUUCAACAAUCGGAAAAGCCACUGACCACAAUGAAGUAAAGAUUAUUGAUGUUGAAACUGGCAAUAUUGUACCUCGUAAUACUGCUGGAGAGUUAUGCAGUCGAGGAUAUACCACAAUGAUUGGUUAUUGGCAAGAUGAGAAGAAGACAAAAGAGGCUAUUGAUGAAAGCAGAUGGUUCCACACAGGUGAUCUGGCUGUAAUGGAUGAUGAAGGUUACGUCUCCAUCGUUGGACGGAAGAAAGAUAUGAUCAUCCGAGGAGGAGAAAAUAUUUAUCCUGUGGAGCUGGAGAACUUCUUGUAUAAGCAUCCAAAGAUUGAAGACGUUCAGGUAAUUGGACUUCCAGAUGAGCGUCUUGGUGAGAUUGUUUGCGCUUGGAUCAAAUUAAAGGAAGGACAAACUGCAACUGUAGAAGAGAUCAAGGAAUUCUGUAAAGGAGAGAUGGCUCAUUUUAAGAUCCCAAAGAUUGUUCACUUUGUGUCGGAGUUUCCUCUGACUGUGACUGGUAAAGUGCAGAAGUUUAAGAUGAGAGAGGAGAUGCAUAUUCUCCUGGAUUUAAAGGGGUAAAGUCUAAACUUGUCAGCAUUAAGUAUUAGCGUCAUUCAGCGUUAUAUCUAUAUUGCAGUUUGCUUCUCAGGUGUUUUCAAGAGACUGAGUUAAUAAGUUAUGCAAAAUAAACUUCAAAAUAGAUGAGUUUGGCAGCAUUAGCAAAUGUAUACCCUUGCUCAUUGUUCUUAACCCUAUAAGGACUGGGGGCACAAUUCUUAUCCAAUCACCACCAGUGUCCCCCGGUCUCUGUAAGUCCAACAAUACAUGGUUCUGAUAAGCAUGGUCCUGAUAGAGUUAAACCAAAGAAGAAGAAAUUCAAAGAACAUCUCAGUGAAUUAUCACCUUGUCAUAAAAAGCCUAUUGAAUGAACCAUGAGAAAGAUGCCUUCUCAGUUUUAAGCCAAUUCAAUGGUUAACAAUUUAUUUAAAUAUCAAAUAGUAUGUUGAAUGAGUAGGAAAAAAUUUCAGUAUUCACUUGAUACUUUUAACAACAAAAAUCAAAGAAAGAUUAGUGAGAACAAAUUUAAACAAAAAUUUAAAAAAGACUGUGCUAACCUUUUAAUCAGAAUUGUGACAUACUUAAGUUGCAAGACUGCAGCAUCUCAGCUAUGAAUAUAUAUCUGCUAUAGCAUGUGUCUUGUUAGUAUGGCAGUACACAGUGUAUUAUAUAGCUCUAGAGUUUUGCUAACUUCACAUGGCAACAAGAUCCACUGCCAGAUGAAUACAGUAUAAAUUCCAUUCAGUAUAAAUUCCAUUCAGUAUAAAUUCCAUUCAGUAUAAAUUCCAUUCAGUAUUUUUAAAAUGUUUAUACCAGACUAUUAUGGUUAUUAUGUUGUAAUUGGCUGUACCAAAACGCUCUGGGUGUGAAAAGCGCUAUAUAAAAACGGUUAUUAUUUUUUAUUACUAUUACUAUUAAAGAUGUUUUGUCAGAUUUUCUGCCCCAUACAUUAAAAAAUAGAUGUUUUUCAGUGAAUGGUAUUUCAAAGAGUAUUGCCCGCUCUAGCGAAUAAAGUU